AUGAGGGCAGCUGCUGGUGCCAACUAUAAGAACGAGUGCCAGCAGACAGCCCGCAAGUCUGAGGAGACCCGACCCUCCGGAGGAGGCGAUUAUGGCAGCAGCAAGAGCCAGAAACCGCUGGAAGACUGGGAGACGAUCUCCCUGAAAUACACAGAGAGGAUGCAGCGCAGAAGAAAGACAUGGCUGACGGUGGGGCUGACCGCAGCGUCGCAGCAGGACAGGAAGAGCCUCCUGUACACGCUCUUCUCCCUGUUCCGAUCGUCCUCCAAAGCCGAGCGCAAACGCCUCACGGUGCUUGUGCACCUGGCCGACUCCGACCUCGCCUGGCUCAGCGAAACCAUGGCCCACCUCUCCAGACUCUUCAGCCCGCAGAUCUUGGCGGGGCAGCUGUUGGUGAUCCACGCCCCGGCCGACACCUACCCCAUGGUGGACGAGCAGGACCAGGCCCGUGGCGGGAAAGUGUACUCCAAGCAGAACAUAGACCACGCCUUCCUCAUGAGCUUCGCCAGGAACCUCUCGGAUUACUUCCUGUUGCUGGAGGACAAUGUCUUCUGCGCGCCCAACUUCAUCACCCACAUUCAGUCCAAGGUGGCCGCCAUGAAGGCGCAUCCCUGGGCGCUGCUGGAGUUCUCCAACAUGGGCUUUCUGGGCAAGCUCUUCCACAGCAGGGACCUCCCCCUCAUGGCCCACUUCCUCCUGCUCUUCCACAAGGAGAAGCCCCUGGCCAGGAUGAUCCCCCACUUCCGCACCCUCCUCACCCAGGAGAGCCCGAUCCUCUGCCAGCCGUUCCUCUUCUACCACAGGAGGUCCUACCCGGUCUCUGAGGACAAGGGCAGACCAGGUCACAGGCAGAGCCCUGGCAGCCCUGACAACCCGCCCGCCUCCGUCUACACGAACAUGCACGUGUUCAACGUCCACUUCCCCUGGGAGGCCUACACUCUGGACGAGUCCUUCUUCUGGACCUACAACAUUAGCAUCGAGAACCACCUGACCGUGAUUUUGAACCAUCCUGCAAACCUGAGCAGGGUGCAGGUGCUGACGGGCUCCAUCGUGGACGGGGCGAAUGUCCUGGAGAAGGGGCAGGUGGAGCUGGGUUACAACCCCCAGGGGACACCUCAGCUCUGCACCACCUUCACCCUGCUGGGCCACCUCCUGGAGGGGCAGUUGGACCAGAGGAUAUUUAUGAAAAGUAUGGGGUACCACGUGAGCUGUGUGAGGCUGGUGGCAAAAAGCAACCAGGUGGGUGGUCUCAUGAUCAGGCAUAUCUACCUCUGGGAGGAGAAGCCCCAAAUGCAAAGACGCUGA